AUGAGCCAGACACCAACCGCAAAUCUUGACGUGGAUCCGCCGUCGUCUCCACCCCAUACCGGGAUUCGCGCCUCUGCGGGAGACCUUCAAAAGGAGAUCACUGAGCCCGAAGGAUACAGCGCGACCAGUAGCCUCGUUGACGCUUUUAGCCACACCGAUAAUACCACUAAGAGUCCUACACGCUCAUCGCAUACGGCUAAAAUCGACCGCAAUCGUCCACUCCCGCGCUCUACACGCCGCCUCUCCGAUAUCCAAGACCUCGACGCCACGGAAACCGCUGAGCAGGAGAAGGCGGGGCCGUUUCAGAUGGACGACCACCAUGAUACAGUGGACGAAGAGGAAGACCUGGCGGAACUGGAGGCGCUGAUAUUACCGCAGGAGAUGCAGUCGUCCCCUCGGCAGCUCGAGGCGUCUCCUACAUCAGAAUGGCAACCCAUCGACAAGUCUUUGUGGGACCCUGCCGGGUUUCCGACCAAGUCCGGAUGGCGCUCCAUCAACGACCCAGCGUUCGGCGAGAACCUCAGCCAGGAGAUAUCCAUAGAUAAGCCCUCAUGGGAUACCGCCGGUUUCCAGACAGACUCGGGAUGGCGGUCAAGCAACGAUCCAGACUUCGACGAAGACUUUAUCGAAGAGACGCCCACAGACGAGCCAUCAACGGCGCACGCAGGCGAAGUACCCGAGGAAGGCGAUGAAGACUCGGUGGCGGAUUUCCCAUCUGAUCCUGCUGACGAUGCGAAACCUUUGAGAGAGCCGGAUGAUACCGACAAUGUACUGGACGAAAAGUACUUCAAGCACAACGGCUACCUGAACUACAUCAACAACGUCGAGGACGGAGAUGAAUCUGACUCUGCGACGGAGGACAAGAAGAAAGGUGUUCAAACCAAGCUCAAGACAACGAAGAAGAAGGAACUCAAAGUUGUCUUCGGCUCCUCGCCUGGCAAGUCCGCGGUGCCUGGAAAGUCUUUGCCAUCGCCAAAGAAGUCUACCAAGACAUCCACCCAGCCGCCGGCCACAGGAGACACAUUGACAAAAGGCACCGGCCGCGAUAACCUCAAGGUCGACGCUAAAGCUGAGCGAAGCUCCAGUCCUGCUUCCUCUUCGGAUGAAGCUAGCGGAUGGGAGGUGGUAGACGGCAACAUCGACGCCCCACGGACGGGCAACAAGUCUGUCCACAAGCUCACGAUCAAACUCCAUAACAACGUGACCGGUGAGUCCAAGACCGUCACGUACACCGACGUCGAGCAAGAUGACAUCGACUGGAAGUCCAAGCCCCAGAUCGUCGCGAUAACACAAUGGCGCACCGACGUUUUCAAGCAACAUGGAAUCGGCACCAAGAAGGCUGCGUACCCGUACACUCCACUGGAGGACGCCUGGAUGACGCUCUUCCACAGAAAGCUGCGCGCAACUAUCGAUGCGGGUCACGUCAUCAAACUCCCUGGUCCAGUCUCAGUGAUGGAAGCGUUCAACGCCUUUUUCGAAGGCAAGGUGCUCAAAGACGCGAACGGUGCUGAUGCACCCUCUAGACCACAGCGCGACGUGUCAUCCAUCCGUGGAAAGCUUGAUGGCAGGGUUAGCAAAGUUGCUACAGAGAGGAAGAACAUGAGAGGACUUCUAGAAGGGAAGACAGGCGGUGUUUUGUUUGUUCCGAAUGUGACAGAGGACGAGCUGAGGCAGUUUCAGGUGGAUGAGUCGGUUGCGGUUGACGACCCGACUGAGGUUGGUAAGAACGCGGCCUUGGAUGUUGAGGGGAAGAAGAGCAGGCGGCCGUCACCGAAGAGGAAGCGGGAUGAGAACGAUGCGGGGGAUAUGUUGGCGAAGAAGACGAAGCGAGUUAGCUGA